AUGUCGUCGCCGCUCAAUUUUACACCGUGGAGGAGAAGGGCUUUGAGUGCUGCUUCACAAUCGGAAAACGAGCAAGCUCAAUUGCAACGCGACGAGCUUUCAACUUCUCCUGUUCAGCAUGGCCAUAGCCCCCAUGUCCCAAUUGCUGCAAGACCGUCCUCUAGCUCUGCAGCUCACAGAGAACCUAUCAGAUCUUUCAUCCAUGGUUCUGUGCGAGACGGCUUAGCACCAAUUGAUAGUGUUCAGAACGCUUUAUCUGUUCGGCAGGAUACUGCAGAGCUUGCGAAUUACUUGCUCUCCGACCCCAAGACACAGCAGAGUUCGACCGUUCUCCAACGUGCAAGGGUCUCUUACCAGGACUCAAUUGACUCAGAGGUCAUCGAUGACUCAUCUACGGCCGACAACACCCGCUCCUCCAGAACAAUCCUCGAAGUUUCCGAGCCGCCGUCUCCAGAUGGCCACGAUGACGAUACUGAUGCGGAUGCGGGACCGUCCGUACUGGCAAACCUCCUAAAGCGAUCUCCUCCCCAAUCGAUUGCGCCAAACCAACCACAAGUCGAGGAUGAGGAGCCAAAUGGUGACGCACGUCGACCGGACAGGGAGCAACCUCGAGUUGCACACGCAGAGGAAGCUACGGAGCAGACCCCUCUGCUCACUCGGAUAACAUCCGGUGGCCGGAGGUCAUACUCUGACCUCGAGGGUCAAAAGCCUCAGACUAAACGACCAUGGUUCAGUGGUCUUGCGGAAGUCGGCAAUAAGAUGGAAGAAAGGGUUUCCAAAGGAGUGGCCGUCGCUAUCAACCCCAAGAAGUGGGAUCGUCUUGCGCUUUGGAAUAAUGUGGUCGUGACACCGACUUCAUGUCUACCCGCUGUUGCCGUUGGUCUGCUGCUCAAUAUAUUGGAUGCUCUAUCAUAUGGAAUGAUCCUCUUCCCUUUAGGGAAGCCAAUUUUCUCUCACCUGGGAUCUGCUGGAAUUUCUGUUUUCUAUGUUAGCACUAUUGUUUCGCAAAUAACGUUUUCAUCUGGUAGUAUCUUUAAGGGUGCUGUUGGCUCGGAGCUGAUUGAAGUGGUUCCUUUCUUUCAUAAUAUGGCUGCAAAGAUCACUGAUAUUGUCGGGCAAGACAACCCUGAUGCUGUGAUCGCCACCACAAUCGUGUCAUUUAGUUUCAGCUCCAUGAUGACAGGUCUCGUCUUCUAUUUGAUGGGACGAUUCAAAGUCGGUUACAUGGUGGGAUUUAUUCCUAGGCAUAUUCUCAUUGGCUGUAUUGGAGGUGUCGGUUGGUUCCUGAUCGCAACUGGAUUCGAGGUUUCUGCUCGACUAGAUGGCAGCCUCCAGUACAACCUCGACACUCUCAAACAGCUCGCUGACCCGGCCACCGUCCCUCUCUGGGCCGUCCCCUUAGUUCUCGCCAUUGUUCUCUUUUAUGGCCAGUCUAAGAUCACAUCCAAAUUCUUCCUCCCCCUAUUUAUUCUCGCGAUACCCCUCAUCUUUUAUUUCUUUGUCCUUGCAUUGGAUUCUUUGGACGUUGAUGUACUACGCGACCAUGGCUGGAUCUUUGAGGGGCCUCCCUCUGGGGAGCCAUGGUGGUACUUUUACACCCUAUACAGUGAGUCCAAUUACCUUCUUCCCUGGUUUCACUACCAGGCUGACCACCUGUUUCUAGAGUUCAAACUUGUACGCUGGGAUGCAGUCAUCGAAUGUGUGCCUGCUAUGCUUGCAUUGACAUUCUUUGGCAUUUUGCAUGUCCCCAUCAACGUCCCUGCCUUAGCUCUAAACUGUGGCGAGGAUCAUGCUGAUCUUGACAAGGAGCUAAGAUUGCAUGGCUACUCCAACUUCUUGUCCGGCUGUUUUGGUAGUAUUCAAAAUUACUUGGUCUAUGCAAAUACAGUUUUCUUCAUGCGGUCUGGGGGUAAUAGCCGGCUUGCAGGUUAUAUGUUGGCCGCAGCAACAUUUGGUGUCAUGGUCAUUGGUCCAUCACUCAUUGGUUUCAUCCCCGUUAUGAUGGUGGGCACUCUAAUCUAUGAUCUUGGGUUCGAGCUACUGCUUGAGGCUCUGUGGCUUCCGCGAAAGAAGCUCAAGCUGGCAGAGUAUCUGACUGUCGUGGUCAUUGUUCUUGUCAUGGGCAUCCAUGACUUUGUCGUUGGUAUCGGAGUUGGCAUACUACUGGCAUUUGUUUCCUUGGUUCUACAGACCUCUCGUGUGUCAGCCAUUCGUGGAAACUACUCGGGAGAUAUUGUUUCCUCCACUGUGCGACGCAAUCCUUCUCAGCAUCAUUACCUGCAUGAGGUCGGCCGACAGAUUUAUAUCAUAAAGCUUACAGGCUAUCUCUUUUUUGGGACUAUCGUCAGCGUGGAGGCAAAAAUUCGGGGCCUAUUGGAGGACAGCACAUUCACUAAGCAGCCCAUCAAGUUCCUGAUUCUUGACAUGUGGCACGUUACUGGACUCGACUAUUCCGCUGGUGAGGCCUUCAACACCAUCAGCCGCUUACUUGAUAACAAGGAUGUCGUCCUUGUGUUGAGUGGCGUGGACUCGGAAACUCAACUUGGUCGCAACCUACGAGCUGUCGGACUUGGAAAUGAUGGUAUCGAGGUCAUGAUGCUGCCAAAUCUGAACUCUGCUCUUGAGAGCUGCGAAAAUGAGCUUCUGAAGACUCUAUACGCCCGACAGGAAGAGUUGAACUCCCUCAGGCGGAUAUCGGCACACUCCGCGCAGAAUUUGGACGUGCCUUCCAACAAAUCAUCUGGCUUCUCCUCCUUCGAUCCACCCUUCAAUUCACCGCGUCGUAAUCACCUUGCUGAGGCCGCUCGCGAUGCAUUGAGCAGCGUGGAAAUACAACGUCCGAAGAAGUGGCAAAGUUUCAAGGAGCCCCUUCGUCUUAUGCUCCAGGUCUUUCAAGGCUUGAGUGAUAAGAAUGAGGACUUUUGGUUUCCAGCAGCCUCUUACUUCUCUCGGCGGGAGAUAACUGCUGGGACUGUUCUGUUCCGACGUGGAGAGCCAGCCAAUGGGUUCUACCUCGUGGAACGUGGUAUUGUACGUGCUGAGUAUGAUCUUCCUCAGGGCUGGCUUUGCGAGAGUAUCGUGGCCGGAACGACACUCGGCGAGUUGCCUUUCUUCUCCGAAACAGAUCGAACUGCAACUGCUGUCGUGGAGCGUGACUGUGUGGUUUGGCUGAUGGAUCGAGAGCAGUGGGACAGAAUCCAGAAGAAGGAACCAGAAAUUGGAAGAGAGCUGUUAAGGAUAUCACUGAAGCUGACAAGCGAGAGGAUGAGUGCUAUCACUUCAUACAUAUUGACAACAGCGGGCUGA